AUUAUUGUUUUGUUAUCUUUCUUAAUCUGGACUCCAGAUGUGAGAACUACGGUACAUCCGGCAACUCUCCCCGGCAGCCAUCAACAACCACCUUUACCUGUGCAAGCGGCAGCUAUUAUUACUGAACAGAGGCGUAAUAACUAAGUUAUGGCACGGUCAAGCAAUGAAGUCAGUGUUAGCCUCGAYGAUGAUACAGCAACAAUUUCCGACUUCAGAGAAGUCGACCCUGCAGAGGUUGAUAGAAUGCUUGCAGAGGAACUUAAUGGGCUAUCCUUGGACGAUCGCGAGCGGGUAAUGGAGGAAGUUCACGGCAUAUUUGACAGAUCAACGAUUCAACAUGAUGGUCUCGAAGAUGCGUUGAGAGCAAUGGGAAACGAACUUGAUGACUAUUACUUUGGGAGCGGAUCCACGGCGGCAAAGAUCACGGAUGACAGCGACAACAAUGCUUUUGACGAUACAUCCACAUCUUCACCCAUCAAAUAUAGUGCCUACCUAGAAGCAAGGGCCAAAAACAGUUCCUUGGUGGUGGACAGAAAUUUUAGGCUUGCAUUUUUGCUGUCUGCCGGUAACAAUCCAAAAGAGGCGGCCUUGAAGCUGAUGAAAUAUUUGGAUUUUAUUCGUGAUCUUUACGAAACUUCGGAUGUAUUAUUUCGGCCAGUAUUUCUGGAAGAUUUGAAUUCGAGCGCAAAACAGCAGUUGGUGAUGGGGUCCUAUCAGAUCUUGCCGGACCGUGAUUCUUCCGGACGCAGAAUAUUUUGUUAUCUUCGUGACGUAUCUUUUAAAUUGGCAUCCUAUCGAGAGAUGGUAAGUUUUACCCUUUUUUGAAACCAAAGUUCUUUGCCUUUUCGAAAUGUUUCUGAUUGUGUAUGUUUCGCUACCCAUGAAAAAUAGCAACAAUUAUACAUCUACUUUCACCAACGCAUCAUGGAAGACGAAAAAGGAAUGGUAGCCGUGGUCUUUCUACAUAACUCGACUAUGUUUACCGAAGGCAGCAGCACCUUCGAGUAUGCUAUGAAAUUGUAUAACAUCUUACCACAUAGAUAUAGUGCAAUUCAUUUGUGUAUGCCGAAUCGACCGUCUUACCACCUAAUACGAUCRGCGAUCAUGCUUAUUGUUGGAAAGGAAAGCCGAUCCCGUGUGCGAUGCCAUAUUGGAUCGCUCGUCGAGUGUCAAUACAACUUGAGGCCCUUUGGGAUACCUGUAGGGAGCCUACCGGCCGCUCUGGAAUUGAACACGACCUACCGAAAAGGCAAUAUCGCUAAUCACACAAAGUGGCUGCGAACUCAAAGGGCGAAGGAAAUAGCUAUACGAAAUAUAUUAUCCGGCAAGCAAGUCACUGUGGGUCUUUGUCAACAUCCGGAGGACGUGAACUGCGAUGCCAAAUGUGAUGCCGAUCAUUUUGUGGCGGAGGGAAACAAAGCUGCAGGAAUGCAAGCUGUAAAUAUCUUCCGAUUGAAAUUUGUUGAGUGCCCCCUUCACGAGGAUUGUUUGUUUGGGAGGGGGAGAAGCGCGAUGAAACAUCCCGGCAAUGUUGCGAUGCGCCGUUUGAUCGAAGAAAAAGAAGAGCUCUAUCGAGUUGCUUUGCAUCGCACGAAAGCAGAAAUUGCUUGGGAGGUUGUGAAUACGAUCAAAAACGGGGGCGGACGUUUCUUAAAGGAAACGAAUCUCGGGCUUUAUACAUUGGUAGACGAUGAAACGGCACGGAAAAAGAUUUCGGUCGCCUUUCGUGACUUCAAGAGUAAAACUGUUCAGAGACGACAGCAGUCAGCCGAGCAGCAAACACGUCAAUUGCAAGCUACAGCUAGGGGGAGGAAGACGUUCGCUACGACGGACACGCCUGAUGUUGCAAUGAGAGCAAACUUUACCAAUAUGAAUUCGGACAGCUUUUGUUCCCCUCAAGACAACCAGUGCUUUCUAAAAAACUUUCAUAAACAUUUAUAGCACGAUGCAAAUAGUAGUUAUGUAUUAUGUACAAGCACAUAAGCGUACAAUGCUUGAAGAACAAUGAAUCAAGCAAAACAACGGAGGAUGUUUGGAUGCGAUCACCAUACCAUAAACAUGAUAUUUUUGA